CUUCCGGUACAGAAAGGCUACCGUCUUGGCCUUUCCUCGUAUUCUGAGUUAUGUGAUCCAUAAAUUGCAUCAAUAAAACAUAAUUAACGAUGCCGACUCCAACAGUUGCUUACUUCUAUGACCAGGAUGUUGGCAACUUUCAUUAUGGUCCAGGACAUCCUAUGAAACCACACAGAAUAUCACUUACACACUGCCUGGUGUUGCAUUAUGGACUGUACAAGAAAAUGAAGGUGUACAGACCAUACCGAGCUACCUUCCAUGACAUGUGCAGAUUUCACUCUGAAGAUUACAUUGACUUCCUUCGAAGAGUGACACCUAACAAUGUCCAGAGCUUCACAAAGUCACUCAGUAUGUUCAAUGUGGGGGAAGACUGUCCAGUGUUUGAUGGACUGUUUGACUUUUGUGCAAUGUACACUGGAGCCUCAUUAGAAGGGGCAGUCAAACUCAACAACAAUCACUGUGAUAUUGCUGUCAACUGGUCAGGGGGUCUGCAUCAUGCCAAGAAGUAUGAGGCAUCUGGUUUCUGUUAUGUGAACGAUAUUGUCAUUGCCAUCCUCGAACUGUUGAAAUAUCACCCACGAGUGUUGUAUAUUGACAUUGACAUCCAUCAUGGAGAUGGAGUCCAAGAAGCAUUCUACCUCACAGACAGAGUGAUGACAGUUUCCUUCCAUAAAUAUGGCAACUUCUUCUUCCCAGGAACAGGUGACAUGUACGAGCUUGGUGCAGAGAGUGGCAGGCAGUAUUCAGUCAAUGUACCUCUCAAAGAAGGAAUAGAUGACACAACAUACAUGCAGGUGUUUAAACCUGUCAUUGCAUCAGUGAUGGAGUUUUAUCAGCCGACAUGUGUUGUCUUACAGUGUGGAGCAGAUUCCCUUGGCAGUGACAGACUGGGAUGUUUCAACCUCAGUAUCAAGGGGCAUGGUGAGUGUGUGAAGGUGGUCAAGGAGUAUGGGCUGCCCAUGAUGGUCCUGGGAGGAGGGGGCUACACCAAGAGGAAUGUGGCUCGAUGCUGGACUCAUGAAACAUCUGUGUUACUGGACGACCAGAUUUCUAACGAACUGCCUUACAAUGAAUACCUGGAAUACUUUGCUCCAGAUUUCUCACUCCAUCCAGACAUUUCUACAAAACAGGAAAACCUAAACACAAAGCAGUAUCUGGACCACAUACGUCAGACGAUUCAUGAAAACUUGAAGAACCUGAUUCACGCCCCCAGUGUCCAGAUGCAGGACAUCCCUCCCGACCUCCUAAACCUGGAGAACAUCGAGGAGCAGGACCCCGACAUCAGGAACCACCAGGACGACGUGGACAAGAGGGUUGAACCAGCCAACGAGUUUUAUGAUGGUGACAAAGACAAUGACAAGGAGAACGACGGCUUCCUGGACGUGUGACCCAGGCACAUGUGGCAUCAUCGACAUUGUCAGCAGACUGUAGCAGGCUACCGUCUCAUGCAUUCACGCAUCUUCUUCCAAGGGAGAUCACUCUCAUUUCACAGUGAUGGGCAUACAAAUGAAGGGAGGAUUCUCUAAAACAUGCUGCCAUUAAAAACACCACUGCCAUAAAUGGCAGCUUGGAACCUUCAUAGCCACAUCAUUAUUGUGGCUUCAUUCUUGUAGCACAUUGAGGUUAAUCACACACAAUGUACAACGAUGACAAAAAAUAUUUCUUCCUAAAA